AUGGCUCCGCUUGGGCCCAGGCAGUCGCCGUUACGGGGAAGUAAGGAGAAGGACUCGCGGGACUACGCCUGGGCGAUUGCAUCUUCCAGGGGGUACGCGCACCCCUGGGACAUGGACUUCUUUGCUGCCGAGUCGGCUCUCCGGCAGUCGGCCAACAACGCGUGGAUGGCACCCCCGUUGCCAGCUGCUGUGCCGGCUGCCUUCAACAACGGGCCGUCGCUGUCGGGGUUGGAUCAGUUCGCAUUCCAGCAGAGCCCGCCUCUUCUCUACACUUCUCUGACCAGGCCGGCCCCACCGGAGCAGGCAAACUCGGUUCUCCAGGUCGAGGAGGAUGCAGCUUUCCGCGUGUGGGUGCAGCAAGUUCCACCUGCCGAUACACUUGCGGCCGUGCUUGAUACCGUUCCCUGA